AUGUUCUUUGGAAACCUCUUGAUGCGGUCUCUACAAGCAGCAGUUGACAGACAGCAGCAGCGCCAGCGCCGCCGCCGCAACAGCAGCAGCAGCAGCAGCAGCAGCAGCAGUGCGGCGGACACUGAGGGCAGUUUGGCGGCCCCUUUGCUGCUGCCGCUUACUGCAGCGGAGGCCAAUCAGCUGAUCAGCCUUGCAAGGCGCCUGCAACUGGAGGAGCAGCUUCCUGCAGCAGUGCGGCACACGGCAGAAGCCGCCGCAGCAGCAGAGGCAGCAGCAGCAGCAUCAGCAGCAGCAGCAGCAGCAGCAGAGGCAGCGGCACCAGUAGAGGCAGCUGCAGCAGCAGAUCCGGAUGCAGCAUCGGUAAGCGCGCAUAGUCCGACUCCGACAGCAGCAGCAACCCUGCUUGGACGCCAGCAGCAGCAGCAGCAGCAGCAGCAACAGCCAGCAGGUUCUUUUUCUUCGGAGGAGCCGCAACAAGGUGAAGAGGCACCGCAAGAUGAUAUUGCAGCAGCAUCUGCAGCAGCAGCAGCAGCAGCAGCAGAAAGACGACUCGCUGCUUUGGGAGAUCGGCUUUCUGGCCUCGACGCAGCAGCAGAAAAGAACAGCAGCAACCCCAGCAGCAGCAGCAGCAAGAGGCGAAUACGGAGUCCCUCCCAAGGUGACACACGAGAGGAAAGUAAAGGACAGCAGCAGCAGCAGCAGCCUACAGCAGCAGCAGCAGCAGCAACGCCGCCAGCUGCUGUUGCUGCUGCUGCUGUUGCUGCUGCUGCUGCUGCAGUUCGGNGGCAGCAGCAGCAGAGGACACAGCAGCAGCAGCGGCAGCAGCAGCAGCAGAGCCGCCAGCAGCAAACAUCUGGAUGGAAGACGAGAGCAGCCCCUCUUUGCUGCGAGAGACUGAGCACGAACCCACCCCACCAGCAGCAGCAGCAGCAGCAGCAGCAGCAAAGAUGGGGGAAGAAGCAGCUCGCCACGUGGCUGCUUAUUUGGAAUACGACGCCCUCGUGGGAUCGACAGCUGGGGAUCGUCUUCUGUCUCCCGAGGUGUCUGUACACCUGA